AUGGCUUCGUCGUCUUUUAGGAUCGAGAGAUCGGAAGCGAAAAAGCGCGUCCUCGACUUGGAGAAAAUUGUCAAAGAUUUCGAAAGGCUGCUCUGUGAAAGGACUGAACGAACGAAGCAAUCUAUUGACCAACUGUCAAUGGAUUGCGAAUCGAAGUGCUUAAAAGUCUGGCAGGAAUUUGACGCGUUUAUAGAAGAGGCACGGCUGAAGGCUGAAGAACUGUGCGACGAGAUGAGGCGAAAGACAUCCGAACAGCAGAGUAAAUGGCGCCUCUCCUUGCAGAAGAAAGAAGACCUUUUGAAAGAGGCGGGAAUGUGGCGUAACAGUUUGCGCCAUUUAUUAGGCACUGGCAACGACGAUGAGAAUGUUGUUUGCGUUUUGCAGUCGGUGGGUGCGAAGCUUUCAUCGCAGCUCCACGAAUCGUUCGCUCCGGUCGAGGAAGGUUAUUUGGCUGUGACCUUUCCAGAAUGGUGCCAUCAAUCCUUAAACCAACUGAAAGAAGAAAUGGUCGAUUUCACGGUAGAAACAUCCAGGAAUUUGGAGCUGCAAACUGAAUGCAGUCUGCAGUAUUUGAAUCUGAAUAUUUUUUCGAUUGUCGGCAGCGACGAGGACGGUCAUGUCUUUGUUGUCGAUGGGGACGACGGAUCCAUCAAGGAAUUUGCCGAGUCUGGGGAAGUUGUCGACCGAUAUCCCUUUGGUGACAAAGGUGAGAAAUUCUUCCCCUCGGGCAUUUGUCGACUUUCCGAAGACAUUUUGAUUAUUUGUGGUCCUUUGUGCUGCCCGCAGGUCAGACCUUCUCCGUUUUCUACCAGAAGACGUUAG